AUGGAAGACUUUCAUACUCCAUAUGUUGUUGCUUACCGGCGUCGUUUGCAAGCGGUGAAGAGACCAUCAAAAUUUUCUACUAUAAGAAAAAGUUUAAAGACUGUGAGCAAAGAGUAUUGUGCUGAGUCAUCUAUAUGCGGUCUCAAACAUCUGGUUGACGUAAACACAUCUUGCUUUGAACGUGCCCUAAUCUGCUCAGUAUCCUUGGUCUGGAUGACAUUUAGACGAUAUUACAGCGCGCCCUUAGUCACCACUCAGAUGCCAGAGGGCGUUUCCGUCAGUAAAAUUAUAUUCCCAGCCGUCGGUAUUUGUACAAACAAUAGAAUAAGCAAACGAGCUGUUUUAGAGCUUUCGAAUAAAUUGUUGCAAAAAUCACGUAAUAAAAAAUACACAGAAAAGGAGAUGUUGUCGCUGCUUAUCGGUCUCGGUUUGUUAUACAAUAACCAGCCGUUGGACGACAAACUGGUCAAACCUAUGGAACUGCAUCGAGCACUCGGCGAUUAUGAUGUUAACGAACUCAUGCGAAAUUUGACACCAAAAUGUGAAGAUUUAUUAUUGAGAUGUGAAUGGAAUACAGUAGCCAUGAAUUGCAGCAAACUCUUCGAUUUUCGCUUGACAAUGAACGGGUACUGUUGUACCUUCAAUUACUUGCGACAAUCUGACGUUACUUUCGAAAGUGCGGACAGCACUACAAGGAGUUUGAAUAUGUAUAAUUACGGAAAUAAAUCUAAUUUCGAUUUCGACGACGGAUUGAAAGUAUUAAUGAAACUCAAUGAAAGUGAUGAUUUUUAUUACAAUAUGCCGUUGCGAGGUGCUCAGUUACAGUUUUCAGACGCUUACGAUUUCCCGGAUGCACCAAGCGGAAGUUUUGCUAUGCAAAUUAUAAGUCCAAAUGUUCAAAUGACGGUGAUGGUUACAGCCAGUUUCACACAGGCAUCUCGUGAUAUCCAACAUGUACCAGUGAAGCUGCGACGUUGUUUGUUCUAUGACGAAUCAUCCUACCUCCCGUUUUACACCCACAGUGACUGUUUGCUCAAAUGUCGCAUGUUGUUCCUUCUGUCUAAAUGUAAAUGUACUCCGUUCAAUAUGCCCAAGAUGAUUAAUAAGAGGACUUGCGAUAUGAGGGAUGUGCCUUGUUUGAAGAUAUACAACGUUCAAUCGAGAACGGUAAGACCAGACGUAUAUCCAAUACCUCCUGAGCUUGAGUUGGAGAUGGUUGGUGGAGGCAUACCUUGUCCAAUGUGCUACCCCAGCUGUUCCAAGACUGCAUACAACUACGACUUCAUCAAUGUUAAAAUAUACCCUGAACAUAUGAACGCUGUUCCAGAGAACGAAACAUUGGAUUGGUUGUAA